CUCGGCGGCGGUUGUUUUUACCCGGGCGGCGGCGGCAGGGUGCUCAGCCUGGGGCUCGGCGUGCCCGGGCGGAGCUGGACGCUCGAGGCGCGGGGAGCCAGCCCCGGAGCGGCGCGGGAGGAGCAGCGCCCCGUCGUCGGUCGCCGAGAUGUCCGCUCGGUGCUGUGCGGGCCAGGAAAUUCAAGCAGGCGACUGGUUUGGUUAUAUGAAACAUCUGUUUGAAUUUGAAAAGAAACCGAGUUGUGCCUUGGCUGUUCUGCAGUUGGCUGCAUGAAGUUGAAGUUGCUGGUGUUUAAGCUGGCCUGCUGCUGCGGCUCCGCCGGCUGCUCCCUGUGCUGCGGCUGCUGCCCCAAGAUCCGCCAGUCCCGGAGCACACGCUUCAUGUACGCGCUCUACUUCAUCCUGGUGGCCGUGCUCUGCUGCGUCAUGAUGUCCCACACUGUGGCCAACGAGAUGAGGCGCCACAUCCCUUUCUUUGAGGACAUCUGCAAAGGAAUCCGUGCUGGCGACAAGUGCGAGAAGCUGGUGGGCUACUCGGCGGUGUACAGAGUCUGCUUCGGGAUGGCCUGCUUCUUCUUCCUCUUCUGCCUCCUGACCUUGAACAUCAGCAACAGCAAAAGCUGCCGAGCCCACAUUCACAACGGCUUUUGGUUCUUCAAGCUGCUGCUGCUGGGGGCCAUGUGCUCCGGCGCCUUCUUCAUCCCCGACCAGGAGACCUUUCUUAACGCCUGGCGCUACGUGGGAGCCGUCGGAGCCUUCAUCUUUAUCUUCAUCCAGCUCCUGCUCAUCGUGGAGUUCGCACACAAGUGGAACAAGAACUGGAACGCAGGCACGGCCAGCAACAAGCUGUGGUACGCCUCGCUGGCCCUGGUGACGCUCAUCAUGUACUCGGUCGCCGCCGGGGGCUUGAUCCUCAUGGCCGUGUUUUACACACAGAAGGACGGCUGCAUGGAAAACAAGAUCCUCCUGGGGCUCAACGGAGGCCUCUGCCUCUUCAUCUCCAUGGUCGCCAUCUCUCCCUGCGUCCAGAAACGACAGCCGCACUCCGGGCUGCUGCAGUCGGGGCUCAUAAGCUGCUAUGUCACAUACCUCACUUUCUCGGCGCUGACCAGCAAGCCCGUGGAAGUCGUUCUGGAUGAGCGCGGGAAGAAUGUUACCAUCUGCGUCCCCGACUUCGGUCAGGACCUGUACAGAGACGAGAACCUGGUCACCGGCCUGGGCACCGGCCUCCUGAUCGCCUGCAUCCUGUACUCGUGCUUGACAUCGACAACAAGAUCAAGUUCCGAUGCCCUGCAGGGGCGGUAUGCGGCCCCGGAGCUGGAGGUCGCCCGGUGCUGCUUUUGCUUUGGCUCCGACGGGAAGGACACCGAGGAGCAGGGCGGCGUGAAGGAGGGGCCGCGGGUCAUUUACGACGAGAAGAAGGGCACGGUCUACAGCUACUCCUUCUUCCACCUGGUGUUCCUGCUGGCCUCGCUCUACGUGAUGAUGACCGUCACCAGCUGGUUCAACUACGAAAGCGCCAACAUCGAGUCGUUCUUCAGCGGGAGCUGGUCCAUCUUCUGGGUCAAGAUGGCCUCGUGCUGGAUGUGCGUGCUGCUGUACCUGUGGACGCUGGUGGCCCCGCUCUGCUGCCCUGCCCGGCAGUUCUCCGUGUGAGGAGCUGGCAGCCCACGAGGGCCGCCCUGGAACAAGCGUCCUGGUUGGAGCAGCGCCUGGCGCCCUGUGGGAUGCUCACAGCCCCCGGCGGGAAGGACGUCUCCUCGUUAGCUCCUUCAUUCUGAAAUCUGGAAAGAAACGACGAGUCUGUCCGAAAGGAAUUGAGGCCGUCAGCCCUAGGGACCACGGUGACCCGUGCUUUCUGCGCCUCGUGCGCCUGGAAGCCGGAUGCUUGUGUUAGUGUUAGCAUUUAGCUUCAGCGUGUUGACACCAGGACACAGCUGGGGCCCAGCGCCUUUCACAGGGGUAAAACCCACCUGUGUGCCUGUUGUUCUCAUCCUUCGGAGAGAAACAUGCCAAAACCUGGUGCCCCCAGCCCCAACAGAUCCUGAACCCCACUCCCCAGCCUGCGCUCCCACACAGCUGGCAUCCACAGGGCACCAGAGGAGGCACCUGCUCCUAACCCCACCCGUGGGCUCCUAACUCCGCCUCCAGGACCCUAACCCCAUCCCAGGAUACUAACUACAUGCCCCGCCCCUAGCCCCGCCCCCGGGCUGCUCCCUGGGCCCCCAGGCCUUCCCCAUUGAAGCCGCCGCCUGGCAGGAUCCCCGCUUGUCUGUGCUCAGCAUCUCUAUCCGAAUGCCACAAAGUUCAGUGGCACCGCCACCCACGCUGUCCCUCACUCCGAGCUCCUGCAGUAGGUGUGGCACCUGCAUGUGUUGGACCACACCCGUGUGUGCGUGCGUGUGUGUGUGUGUGCGUGUAUGCAGGGAUCCCUGUUGUGCUCUCAGUCUGGUCGGGCGGCAGCUCUGCUCAGCAGGUCCAAGGGCGUCCUGUUCACGAGACAGGCAGCCAGGUGCUAGGGGACCUGGAUGAGCUGGCGGGUGGGGGCCCCGGGCUGGUACAGGUGAGGGCAGGGGGCCUGCUUGGCCGCUGUGGGAUGACGUGGAGACUGCCCGUAGGGAGCGGUGUGAGAGCCGCAGCCUGGAGCUCCGGGGGUGCCCCCUGCUGGGGUCAGGGUCUCAGCCUGCGGGCCCUGACACCAGCUGGAGGCUCCCAGCCCGGCCUGAAGCCCCCUUCCUGUGCCGGAAGCAGCUCAGGGAACCACACAGAAGGACGGGCCCAGGGCGGCCCCUCGUCCCUGUCCUUCACUGCCCUUCCUCCAUGCGUCAGCCUGGCUGUGGCCUCGUGUUCAGUGGCUCUUUUAUUCUCAGCUGAAAACAUUGGCAGGUUUGUCUGGCGAGGGACAGAGAGGGGGUGGUUGGAGGGCAUACAAAGGGGGCUUUAAUGGUUAUGCACCCUGAUCACCGAUUCUCAGGGGGUGGGUCGGCACUGGUUAAAGAACCCACCUUUUGUGCCGUUGAGAUUAAGAAACUGGAAAAAGUGUGCCAAUUGCUUUGAGUUGCCAUAAGAUUGGUGUACAUUUUAAUAACGGUAAAAAAUAAUAGACCCUUGCUCUUGAUAACCCUGGCUUUUGAUGGCCUUUCAUCCCUGGCUUAAAUGUGCAUCCCUGGAGCUGCUGGUCAGACUCUUUGAGGGGUAGAAGCCGUAAGUGGUGGAUUUUUAAUUUUGGAGAUGGGGAGGGGGCGAGCUCUUGUCCACUCGUUCACUUCCUAAAUGUCGAGAGCAGCCAGGGCUGGGCUGGGGCUGGAGCUGGGAGCCAGGGGUUCAAUCCAGGCCUCCCACGUGGGUGACAAGGACCCAGUCGCUUGAGCCAUCACUGUUGCUCCCCAGGGUCUGCGUGUGCAGGAAGCUUGGGUCAGAAGCCACAGCCGGGCAUCGAACCCUGGCACUCAGUGGAGGAUGGGGGCGUCGUGGUUGCUAAGCCCAACGCCCAGCCCACGGGUGAUUAGAUGAGCUGCGUGUGUGUCGGUGCACGCGUGGUGUGUGUGUCUGUGUUCUCUGUGCCACGCAUCUGGUGCAGAGGAAUUUCCCCGCAGUCUCCUAAAUGAAACACUAAGUUGGUGUGUGUGUGUGUGUGUGUGUGUGUGUGUGUGUGUGUGUAGGGAUUCUCACAGGCGCGUGGCUCCUGCACCUGUUACCUGUUAGCGCGUGCUUGCCUGGUUCAGUGCUUGUUUUGUUUCUGUCCUUGCAGUGUCCGGGGGUGGCUCGGGGGUUCCCCGGACAGCAUUUGCGCCCAGACCCUCAGGGACCCUGCGCUGGGACUGAUCUCCGUGUAGUGCUGCCCCCAGCCCCCGUGGGCCCUGCCUGGCAGAGCUGGCGCCCGUGUUGGGUUCUGCCAGAAGUCCCUCCCGUUGGUGCUUCACGUCCCCAGAGCGGAGUCGUAGCCAAGCUGCCUGCGCUCCUGUCUCUCUGCAUGGCCUGAGUGGGAACUCGCUCCGAUGUGCACCUGUGUGCUACCCCUCCUGGAGGGGAGCGGGCCAGGCCAGCGCUGGGCCCCCUCAGCACCCUUAGCUCUUGGUGCGCUCUCUUCCGGGAGAUUGCCCAUGACCUGCUGGCGAAUGUGCUGCCGGGGGACGCCCCGCCCCCUGGGGCCGGUGACCUUGCAGGUGGGAGAGCCGUGCCCACACGCGGGUGGGUCUCUGUCCCCGCAGUAGAGCAUCAGCAGACACAGUUAUUGAAAGGUGGAAAAUAGCUGGCUUUAACCAAAGAGUGUUUUUUUUUUUUUUAAAGCAAAAUCCUUUCAGAGAAAAUGUGAGUGGGAAAGGGCAGAAGAACGCGUGUGUCCAGAUCCACUGUGGGUGUGGCCUGCGCUGGGGUGAGAACGGUGGAGUGACCUUGAAGGCGGUCCCUCGGGCUGCGGGGUCCCGGGGCACACUCAGGGAGAGAGAGCUUAUGGCAGAUGCCUAAUAUAUGUCUUGAGAGCUAUUUAUGAGAGGUUUAAGAGGAUUCUGGAUUUUUCCCCCUUUAUUAAAGAUUUAAGCUUUUUUUACAUUGCGAAAACAACUAUGAGAGUUUUAUAGUCGUGACUUUGUUCAUGUUCGUGAUGUUGCUGGCUUCCAUGGUUAGGCUUUGCUGUAUUAGAACUUGAACCUGGCACUGUGAGUGCUGUCUGAAAUUCCUGAAGGUCUCCAGUCUGCUUAGACGUACGUCCUCUGACUUCAUUCCUUUACCACGGAGCUGAUUCCGCAUUUAUGUUUGUUUUUUGAAUGCGAGAUUUUCUACACAGCGCCUGAACUUGACCAGUCUUUUCCUAUGUACGAAAACUCAAGACUUGUUAACUCCGUACUUUAAUAAAAUAGAAUGUUAACACCCC